AGAACUACGAGGUGUGAUUACUGAAAGAUCCAUAUAAAACACGAAACUCAGUGAGAGAUGGCAAUGGCGGAAGCCAAAGAAAGCAUUGACAUGGCUGCUACUACUACUAUUACUGUAGCACCUACAAGCUCCUCUCUAUCUCCUCCUGAAGUUCCAAUGGAACUUCAUGUUAUCAAUCGUGAUAAACUUAUCAAAUCUCUUCGGCAGCAUCUUUCUCAUUCUGGUCGUCCAAUUCAAGGCUUUGUCCUCCUUCAGGGAGGAGAAGAGAAGACUCGAUAUUGUACUGAUCAUGCCGAACUUUUCCGGCAGGAGAGUUAUUUUGCUUAUCUAUAUGGAGUGAGGGAGCCCGGCUUUUAUGGAGCCAUUGAUAUAUCCACAGGGAAAUCCAUCUUAUUUUCUCCACGUCUCCCUGCAGAGUAUGCUGUUUGGUUGGGGGAGAUAAAACCAGCUUCCUAUUUCAAGGAAAGGUACCUGGUUUCUUUAGUCUCUUAUGUGGACGAGAUGGAAGAGGUUUUGCUAAAUCAAUACAAUGGAGAAGAUAAACCGUUACUGUUUCUGUUGCAUGGACUUAAUACAGACAGUGGCAAUUUCUCAAAGCCUGCAGAAUUUAAGGGGAUUGACAAUUUCAAAACGGAUUUGAGUACGUUGCAUCCUAUAUUGACUGAGUGUCGUGUUAUAAAGUCAAAGUUGGAGCUUGACAUUCUCCAGUAUGCUAAUGAUAUAAGCUCAGAAGCUCAUGUUGAGGUAAUGAGAAACACGGUAGUGGGGAUGAAGGAAUAUCAAUUGGAGAGCAUGUUUCUUCAUCACACCUAUAUGUAUGGUGGCUGUAGGCACUGUUCAUACACAUGUAUAUGUGCAACUGGUGACAACAGUUCUGUACUUCACUAUGGGCAUGCAGCAGCUCCAAAUGAAAGGACUUUUAUGGAUGGAGAUAUGGCGUUGCUAGAUAUGGGAGCUGAAUAUCAUUUUUACGGUUCUGACAUAACCUGUUCCUUCCCUGUAAAUGGAAAAUUCACUGCAGAUCAACGUCUUAUUUACAACGCUGUUCUUGAUGCUCACAAUUCUGUUAUAGCAGCAAUGAAACCAGGAGUGAGUUGGAUAAAUAUGCACAAACUUGCAGAGGAAGUUAUACUUGAGGCUUUAAAGAAAGGGAACAUUCUUACUGGUGAUAUAAAAGAUAUGAUGGCUCAGAGACUGGGAGCGGUUUUUAUGCCUCAUGGUCUAGGCCACUUGCUGGGCAUAGACACCCAUGAUCCAGGAGGCUAUCCUAAGGGACUGGAGCGACCAAAAGAAGCUGGGUUGAGUUCUCUUCGUACAUGCCGAGAAUUGAAAGAGGACAUGGUGAUCACUGUUGAACCUGGAUGCUACUUCAUCACUGCUUUGCUUAUUUCAGCUAUGGAAAAUACUGAGACUUCAAGAUUUUUCAAUUCUGAUGCUAUAAGGAGAUUCAUGGGCUUUGGUGGUGUUCGAAUUGAGAGUGAUGUGCAUGUCACGUCAAAUGGCUGCAAGAACAUGACCAAUGUUCCGCGUGAAAUUUGGGAGAUUGAAGCUGUCAUGGCCGGGGCAAAAUGGCCUCUAAAUAAAGCUUCAAAUCAUUCAGCAAAUGGAAUUGAAAUUUCUCAUUAACCAAGGGAAUACUUGAACUUUUCAACAAAUAUGAAGAAAAAGACGUUCAAGUUGAGUUCUUUCAACUUAUCCGGAAGUUGGCAAAUUUAGAAUGACAAUCACUUGGCUUAUCUCGAAGAUUGUCUUAAUCUUGGCUCGUCACUUAGGUAUAGUUUUUAUAUCCCCUCCGCCAAAUAAAAGGUUUGCUUAUGUAUUAUAAAGCUUAACAUUGUUAGACAUCUCCGGCUCGUUUGUUUCGUGGUGGUGAGCAAAGGGAUUGAAAAUUGGUAACCGCAAUACUUUUCUUUCUCCGAUGUGAGAUUUCACUCAUUCAUAAUAAGUUUCUCAAAUCAUUACAUUGAGGUGAAACCCAUAACAUCAUCCAUCGAGUUCCUUAUUC